AUGAGCCGAGGAAAGCUACCACAAACCGGCAGUCACCAUACCAUACCAUACUUCAUGAAAGUGACCAGUCAUCCACAUUCGUCUUGCAGACUUCGCCCUCCCAACAAAGGGCAGUCCCGAGAUAGUAGUCACUACUUUAAUUACACCCCUGGUCGGUGGCUUAUUAAUGAGGCGCACCAACUCCAAACGCGCCAUGUCAACUUCAACGUGCCAGCGCUGCAGCGGAUUGCCGGUCAACUAAUGGGAAGCCGAUGUGUUCAAAUGGAUAAGAUGCCCGAGAUGGAGAAUGGGAAUGAGAUUUUGGCGAGUAUCCCGAACCCGAACGCCGGCCAUGCUCAUCUUGUUGUGGCCAGUGAAGUCGCCACAGUUGACUUUCUCCGAACUGUUCUUAAGAUACCAGUCCCUCGUGUUAUCUCGUGGAGCUCUUCCCCGGAGGUGAACCCCGUCGGUGCUGAAUAUAUCCUAAUGGAGAGGGUGGAAGGCCAGCAACUAAGCUAUGUUUGGGAUGAUAUAUCUGAAGCUCAACGCUUCGGGCUUGUAAAGAGCUUAGUGGGGAUCGAACGGAAGUUGGUGAACGCAAAAUUUGCCUUGCAUGGCAGCCUGUACUACCGAGAUACAUUUCUACGGGGAAGAGGCAUUGCUGCCCUGGAAACAGCAGACCAAGAGGGCCUAUCUAAAUUCGUUUUGGGUCCGACCACGCAGCGGUUCUUCUGGGGAGACGAGGAGCGCGGAUUGGAGAUGGACAAGGGUCCGUGGGAAAUGGCCCAGGAGUAUUUCGCCGCUAUCGCAAAGCAGGAGAUAUCACGCAUACGAACCGCACACGGCAGAUCCAGCAGUGUCACUGCACCUGUGGGCAACACGCGACGGAGGCGUGAUGCUCACAUCCAGCUCCUUGAGCAAUUUCUAACGGUGCUGCCUUACAUCCUACCACGCGAAGAGAUCCUCGCGCCGGUCCUUUUGCACUCGGACCUCCAUCACCAUAAUAUCUUCGUCGAUCCGUCCGAUCCCACUAGAAUCUCCAGCAUAAUCGACUGGCAAACCGCCCACGCCUCCCCGUUGUUCAUGCAAGCGAGCUUGACCGGCCCCCACUUGAAUAAGUUCUACAAGCUGGUGUCACGGAAGUUCAACCCGGCGCUUAUCGAUGCGAUGGACAAGAUGCGAGAUGAUAGUGACCCGACCACUUUCAUAUUUCGCAUUGUCGAACGGUCCUCCGAGGACAGGCCGAUGCCAUUGAAGGAACUGUUGAUCCAGGUGACCGAGAUCGAAGAGAGUCGGCAGCAGGUCGAAGCCUGGGCAGCCGCGUUCGGGGAAUAUGAUGGUCUGCGGGCGGAGCUGCUCGGUGACGAGGGCUGGGUCUCCCAUGAUGACUACGAGGAAGUGAGGAGCAGGUGGGAGAAGAAGAAGGCGACUCUGGAGAGCUUACGGGAACAAUUAGAGAGAGACCUUGCUCUGAUAUCUGCCCCGGACAAUCGGAGUUGA